AUGCCUCCCCCCAGCCUACCUCUUCUGCUUCCCCCCAAGGUAUUCUUUGAUCUGCGGAUCGGUGAGGAGGAUGUGGGCCGCGUUGUCAUCGGGCUCUUUGGGAAGACAGUGCCCAAGACAGUGGAGAACUUUGUGGCGUUGGCCACCGGAGAGAAAGGAUUUGGCUUCAAGGGCAGCAAGUUCCACCGUGUGAUCAAGGACUUCAUGAUCCAGGGAGGAGACUUCACCCGUGGAGAUGGCACUGGAGGAAAAAGCAUCUAUGGGGACCGCUUCCCUGAUGAGAACUUCAAGCUGAAGCACUACGGCCCUGGCUGGGUGAGCAUGGCCAAUGCUGGCAAAGACACCAACGGUUCCCAGUUCUUCAUCACCACGGUGAAGACGCCGUGGCUGGACGGCAAGCACGUGGUGUUCGGCAAAGUGCUGGAGGGCAUGGACGUGGUGAGGAAGGUGGAGAACACUAAGACAGACAGUCGGGACAAGCCCCUGAAGGACGUCAUCAUCGCUGACUGCGGGACCAUUGAGGUGGAGAAGCCAUUCGCCAUCGCCAAAGAGUAAUCCACCCUCCCAGCUCUGCGACAUGGUGCGGGGCUCUGCGCUCUGCCAGGG